CCGGCAGCAAUGGCGAGAUCGCGGGCUUCUAGCAGGCGGCUGCUUCUGGCGCUGUGCCUGGGCGCCGCGCUCGUGGCGACUGUGGCCGCGGGAGGCUACGGAGGCGGAGGGCACGGGGGCGGCGGGGGCGGAGGACACGGCGGCUACGGAGGCGGCGGCCACGGAGGUGGUGGUGGCGGCCAUGGAGGCGGUGGCGGUGGUCACGGGGGUGGUGGAGGUGGCCACGGAGGCGGCAGUCAUGGGGGCGGCGGCGGUCACGGAGGUUAUGGAGGCGGCGGUCACGGAGGCGGCGGCGGCUACGGAGGCGGUGGUCACGGAGGCGGUGGUGGUGGACACGGAGGCUACGGAGGCGGUGGUCACGGAGGCGGCGGUGGUGGACACGGAGGUUAUGGAGGCGGCGGUCACGGAGGCGGCGGCGGUGGGCACGGAGGCGGCGGUGGUGGACAUGGAGGCUACGGAGGCGGUGGUCACGGAGGCGGUGGUGGUGGACACGGAGGCUACGGAGGCGGUGGUCACGGAGGCGGUGGUGGUGGACACGGAGGUCACGGAGGCGGUAGUGGUGGACACGGAGGUCACGGAGGCGGCGGCGGCGGCCAUGGAGGCGGCGGCGGUGGUGGUCAUGGUGGUCACUAUGGCCGCUAAGUAUCACUCUUCCUCUCUACUAAGCCAUCUCCUACUUUCGGACACUAAAAAUUCCCACUCCUGUACUGUCUGAACAUUGAGUCAAAAUUUUUAUUUCUUCUUCAAUAAAAUGUCGCUUAAACUGUA